AUGGCCUCUCAACAUCCUCUCAGCCUAGCGGCCAUUAGCGAGGCAGCUGCGACCGCCUCCUCUUCGGCUGCUGCCACCACCACCGCUACCCUUGCAUCUGCCCUUCUCUCGCUUGGCCGCCAUCCUCCAACCGGCACACCCGGCAACAACGGGUCCACCGACGACCCGGCCAUUCCUCUGCCCAACCAGCGUGCCUUCGAGGGUCCCUGGUUCUCCCAGCAGGUCUCGCUUUCGCUCUUCAUCGGCCUCUUCUCCUUCUGCAUCUUUGUCAUCGUCCGCCGUCGCAAUGCUGCGCUCUUUGCACCGCGCACAAAGCUCAAGGGCUUCUCUCCGCUCGACGACGGCCACGACGCCGGCUACUUUGGCUGGAUCAUGCCCACGCUCAAGACCGAGGAGAUGCGCAUCCUCCAGACCGUCGGUCUCGAUGCCGCCAUCCUGCUCAGCUUCCUCAAGAUGGGCUUCUGGCUCUUCUUUGCGCUCAGCUGCUGGAGCGUCGUCGUGCUGAUGCCCGUCAACUACUGGCAGAACGGCGUGCUGGACGGCGUCAGCCCGGCAGAGGACCGCGACAAUGCCACCGACCCCAACAGCUUCAGAGAUACGGUCACCGGCGUGUGGACACAGCUCAUCUACGACACCUUCACCAAGAAGCACGACGAUCCCAACGCCCCACUGCCCCAGUUACCACUGCCCGCCAAACCGCCCCAGGCACAGGUGUACCACGCCGUCCAUCUGCUCUCCACCUACCUCUUUACGCUGCUCGCCAUGCGUGCUAUCUGGAUCAACUACCAGCGCUUCGUCAGAGCGCGACAGCUGUAUAUCCUCGAGAUCCUCGAGUCCAUCCCGGCGAGGACCGUCGAGAUCCGCGACCUCCCCGCCCACCUCCGCGAUGAGAAGGCGCUCGCAGAGUACUUUGAGAACAUGGACAUGCCCGUCGAGUCCACCGCCGUCGUACGCAACACAGAAGGCCUCUCGCGCCUCCUCAACCAGCGGUCCAAUGCGCUGCACAACCUCGAAAAGGCGUGGGUUCGAUGGCUCGGAAACCCGACCGAUGCAGAGGGCUACGACCCGGAGAAGAUCAUGCUGCUCGCUGCAGGGGCGCACGACGACGUUGUCGAGCCGUCGAGCGACGAUGCCGAGAGGCCACGGCAGUCGAGGGACGACCUCGAGAGCAGCCGCCUGCUUGGUCCGUCUGCCACCACCGUGUUCACGGGAGCCGAUACGAUCCGCACACACCGCCAGCGGCCUACGAUGCGCCGGAGCUGGUGGAAUCCGUUCAGCGAAAAGAUCGACGCAAUCGACGAGCUCACGCGCCAGUUCAACGCGGUCGACCGAGCCGUGCGUCGGCGACGCAAGACCGGGCGAUUUCCCGGUGGCAAUGUGGGCUUUGUCACGUUCCAGAGUGCGGCGAGUGCGCAGAUCGCCGCACAGACGGUGCACUACCCGAUCCCGGCGUACUGCGCCACCUCAAUGGCGCAGGAGCCGCGCGACAUUAUCUGGAGCAACAUCGACCUGAGCAACAACGACCGGCGCGUGCGCCAGGUGGUGGUGUCGAUCUUUAUCGUGGCGGUGCUGGUGUUCUACAUCCCGCCGCUCGUGUUCCUGGCGAGCUUUGUGUCGCCGGGCGCGAUCAAGAAGUACAUGCCCUGGCUGGAUCGGUUGCUGGAUACCGACGAGCGGCUGCGCGCGCUGGUGCAGAACAACCUGCCUUCGCUCGUGGUGAUUGGCUUCAACGCGCUGCUGCCGCUCGUGCUCGAGUACAGCUCGUACCUGCAGGGGCUCAAGGCACGCAGUCUGGUCGAGUACAGUCUGCUCAAAAAGUACUAUCUCUUCCUCAUGGUGUCGGUGGUGUUCAUCUUCCUCAUCGCCACCACGGCGUGGGGUGUGCUGCAGGAGCUCGCCGAGAAUCCGAUGCGCGUCAUCGACAAGUUUGCAGCCAGCUUGCCCAAGGCGCGCUUCUUCUCGCUGUCCUACGUGAUCCUGCAGGGUAUCGCGCUGCAGCCGUUGCAGCUUCUGCAACUGCCCACGCUCAUCUUACGCGGGUUCUACCGGCUGCUGCUCACACGCACGCCGCGCGAGUUCGCCGAACUCAAUGCGCCGCCUACGCUCGCGAUGGGCAACGUGUAUCCGCAGGCACUGCUCAUCUUCACGCUCUGCAUCCUUUACUCGAUCGUCAGCCCGCUCAUCGUCGUAUUUGGCGCGGUGUACUUUGGCAUCGCCUACGUGGUCAACAAGUACAAGCUGCUUUACGUCUUCUACAAGCCGUACGAGUCGCAGGGGCAGGCAUGGCCGAUCUCGGCAUCGAGAUGCAUCUGGGCGCUGGUACUGUUCCACGUGUUCCAGUUCUCGCUAUUCAGCGUGCGCAAGCAGCUGCUCAUGUCGACGCUCAUGCUGCCACUCAUCGUCUUCACCUUUUGGUUUGCACAGCACCUCCAGACGACGUUUGGCCCGCUCACCGAGCACGUCAACCUCAGCAGUGUCGUCGAGGUGCUCAAAGAGGUCGAGCCGGAUCCGGCCACCGCCGGGCUUGCACAGAACGGUCCUCCGAGUAUGGCGCGUGCCGACGAGGUGACCACGGAUACGUCUGGGCCGACAACGCCCAGGCAGGCGCAGGGACUGACGGGCGCGAACAGCAGUCGACAGUUGCUCUCGCUCGAUCCGUCGCACAAGAUCGAUCCUGAAUUCACCAAGCUCUCACUCAAGCGGUACAGCCACGACGAGGAGGACGAGACGCUGUUUGUGGCGCAGCGCGAUACCAAGACCGACUACCGCGAGCCGCCUGGUGCGGGAUACUAUCCGGGUGUGCUCAACACGGGUCGCCGUCGAUAUGGUCACCCUGCGAUUACGGGAAUUUUGCCCGAGCUGUGGCUUCCGAUCCCCAAGCAUCGCAUGGAUGAGGGUGGAGACGACGUGACUGCGCCCGAUGAUCUCGAGGGUCAGACGGCGUUGGCGUCGGGUACGACUGCGCUGGGUGCUCCUGCGCGCGAGAGGGUCGAGAGUGGCACAGGCGUGCAGAGCGCUGCUCGCAUCCGGGCACGUGCGCUUAGCAAGGCAGAGCCCCUGAUUCUGUCGCUGAGAAAGCGCAAGAGCAGCCUGCUUUCGCGCUCGACCCGCACUCCGGCCUCGGAGUCUUCUCCAGCACAUCCCGAUACCGAUGCGCUCGGCGUUUGGUCCGACGGCGUGGCGGGGCCGCAGGGCUCGUCGUCGAGCGCUGCGAUUGGAGAGGCCCUCAGUGGACCGUAUGCGGUGGCUCCCGCCAGGAAGCACGUGCGCGAAAAUCAGGGCGCAGAUACGGAUGGCGCGGAUCUCGACCAGGAAGAAGGCGUCUACAUCCACCGUGCCGCCUCGCUCGCGAGACCCGCCCGCCCGCGCUCCGGCGUCCCCACCUCGAAAACUCACUACCAUGACUGA